AAGCUCCAGUGAGCUCUAACAAUGCUCUUCACCACGGCGCAGCCCCUCCUCCUGGUCAUCCUCACCGCCCUUCUCCUUCCAUCGACGGCGGUAGCAGUUGGAUGCGACAACCACGAGGACAUGACGACGAGGGUGAACCCGCUAUACUACGACUGCUGCGCGCAAACUCGCCAGUACAAGCUCGGCGACAACUACGACGACAACCUCAAGAGUCUUGCUGACAGGCUCUUGACGAAAGUCAGCGUUCCGGGCGCCUACUUCGCCUCCGACAAUGUCGGCCCGGUGUCUGGCUUCGUGCUUUGCCGCGGGGACUACACCGGCACCGCCUGCGCCAGCAGCCUCAACCAGACCAUCAACGACGCUAUCGCAAACCGCUUCAUCUGCCCGUUCUACAAGGACGCCACCAUCUACUACGACCAGCACAUGUUCAGCUUCUCCGGCGACGGGUUCCUCUACAACGACCAUUCCAACAGGCCGGCAUGGGUCGCGUCCAACAUGAACUACGUGAACGGCACUGGCGGUGCUGGCGCGCGUUACGGCGAACGCGUCAAGGAGCUGAUCGACAAGACUGCCGAGUUCGCAUGGAACUAUUCGUCGAACCUGUACGCGACGGGGGAGUCCGGCUUCGGAGAAGAGGGAGUGAACAUCGUGUACGGGCUGGUGCAGUGUAGGCCUGACCGCGAGAACGACCAGAAGGAUCUUUGCCGGAAGUGCCUCGCCGACCUCGUCUCGUGGAUACCGGAAAAGUUUACCACUUCCAGUGGUGAUCACCGUGUCGGCGGGAGGAUUCUCGGCGUGUGGUGCAACCUGCGGUUCGAGAAAGAGCUCUUCUUCCAGGAGACCAAGGAGACGCUCAAGCUCAAUAUGCCUAAAAAUGGACCAAACAAAGCUAUGAUCAUUGCAUUUUCCAUUGCAGCAGCUCUCUUUGCUGUAAUUAUCAUAUCUGGCUCAAUUCUACUCCUAAAAUGGAAACGAGACUUACGAAUCCAAAAUGAGCUGGAGGAAUGGACAAAGCGACUCACCGCGGAAAUUGGCUCAAUGUUUUCACUCUUUACUUUAUCUGAGAUAAGAAAUGCCACCGGUAAUUUCUCAGAGGCAAUGAGACUUGGGGAAGGAGCUUUUGGUCCUGUUUACCGGGGUCAAUUAAGUUGUGGAGUUGCAGCGAUCAAAAGAUUAGCGGCGAAUUCAAGGCAAGGUUUGGCAGAGUUCAGAAAUGAAAUUAGACUCAUAGCAAAUCUUCAACAUUCAAAUCUUGUCAAGCUGAUCGGUUGCUGCAUGCAACAUAAAGAAAAUAUACUAGUCUAUGAGUACAUGUCCAACAGGAGCCUGGACGAUGUUUUCAAAGAUGUUGCAAAGUGGGCAUCACUGACAUGGCCCAUACGUCAAAAUAUAAUCGAUGGGAUAGCUCAAGGACUUCUUUACAUCCACAAUUAUUCACAACCAGAAAGAUGUAUUGUCCACAGAGACUUGAAAGCAAGUAAUGUACUAUUGGAUAGUCAAAUGAAACCAAAGAUUUCUGAUUUUGGGAUAGCUAGGAUGUUUAGUUCAAGUGUGACAGAAUUAUGCACUACUAGAUUGAUGGGAACACGUGGUUACAUGGCACCCGAGUACUUUUUCAGGAAUACCUUCUCAGUAAAGUCUGAUGUUUUUAGCUUUGGAGUCUUGGUUCUGGAGAUAAUAAGCGGACGGAAAGUUGCGACUAGUUUCCGUCGAUACAAAAGAUCAAACAAUCUAAUGGCAUAUGCGUGGCGUCUGUGGGAAGACGGAAAUUGCAAGCAGCUUAUCGACAACUCUCUAAGCGUUGACCAUCAUGACCAAGAGGCAGAAAUAAUCCAGUGCAUUCAGAUUGCGCUCCUAUGCGUUCAGGCCAAUCCAGAGGACCGGCCGGACAUGAAGGAGGUCGUGAGGAUGCUAAGCAACAAGGACACCCAGCUGGACAAUCCUAAGCAUCCUUCUUAUUUCAAUGAACCAAUCAUGAACAUAGUGGCAGCAUCAAACAACAACACCCCCACUGAAUACCUUACUGCCCCACAUGUCGAUCCAGCCUAAUCACGUGCAGCUUAGUGUGAUGGACCCAAUUAAUAGUAGUAUUUGCAGCUGUAAUGUACAUUCACUUUUUCUUGCAUGUUUUCUUAUGCUUUUGUUUGAUGUAAGAUGUGUGUAUAUGAUGUAUUCGAACAUUUGUGUGUUUUGUUCCUCAUGUCACUUGCCAAGUCAAACAACCCAGAGGUGCAUCGAACUUGUA